AUGGCGUAUAAUACAUACAGCACAGCCGCCUCAGAUAUAUCGACUCCUCGCUCAACCUCUCCUUCGUCUGUGUUUUCCGGACGCUCUUCUCACACUUCUGUCGCUAGCAAACGACUCUCCUUGUCAUUACAGCGAAGGCAGUCUGCCUUCAAUCCCAUGUCCUCAGUUGAUAUUGCUUCUAUCGAACAGCGUAUGAAAAUGGCCGCUCUCGACGGAUUAAGAGGCUACGCCCAAGACCACUAUGGUGAGGUCAAACAGGAUCACCCAACAGAGUAUACGCCAAAGUCAGCCGCUGGCGGCUACCAAGUCCUGCGAGAGCCUCUUUGGAAUAAAGGCCUUUCGUUCACACCUGAGGAGCGUGUAUCGAAAAACUUGACGGGUUUGCUUCCGCAUGCCAUGGAGAACACCGAUACCCAGGUCGAGAGGUGUAUGAAGAUGAUCCGUUCGCGGUCGACGCCGAUUGACAAAUAUCUGUACCUGUCUUCGCUCAAGAGCCAGAAUCUUGACCUCUUUUACCGAGUUCUCAUUGACAAUGUCCGUGAUCUCAUGCCAUUGGUCUAUACACCUACUAUCGGCGACGUCUGCUUGCAAUAUUCUACGCUCUACACUCGACCAGAAGCUCUGUACAUCUCAAUUAAACAGCGAAAGUCAAUCCGAACGAUCCUGCGGAAUUGGCCUCAUCUCAACCCCGAGAUCUGCGUCGUAACAGAUGGAUCUCGCAUUCUGGGUCUAGGUGAUCUUGGUGUAAACGGCGUCGGCAUUUCCAUUGGAAAGCUUGCGCUAUACACUGGAGCGGCAGGAAUCCACCCCGAGAAGACGCUUCCUAUCGUAUUAGAUGCCGGCACGGCCAAUGAGGACAACCUCAGAGACCCUCUCUACCUUGGUCUCCGAGCUAAGCGUCCCUCUCCCGACGUGAUGCAGGAGUUCAUGGAUGAGUUUAUGGAGGCUGCAAGUGAUGUCUUUCCGGAGAUGCUUAUACAAUUUGAGGAUUUUGAAACCGAAAAGGCAUUUAACUACCUUUCCCGUUAUCGGGAUCAGUACAAGUGCUUCAACGACGACAUUCAGGGAACUGGUGCCGUCGUGCUCGGCGGUUAUAUCGGUGCUGUGAACCCGUCUAACGUACCUCUUGACGACCAGCGCCUGGUUUUCAUGGGUGCUGGUUCUGCUGGCGUGGGUGUUGCUAAGCAGAUGGUCGAGUAUUACACUCGCCGUGGGCUGUCAGAGCAAGCCGCUAAGGACAAGUUCUGGCUUGUCGAUACCAAGGGUCUUGUGACCUGGGACAGAGGCGAUAAACUGCCAGAGCACAAAAAAUAUUUCGCACGGUCAGACAACAAUGGUCACCAGUUCCGCACCUUGGAAGAGGUGAUAGAAUAUGUAAGGCCAUCGGCGCUUGUCGGAUUGACGGCUACUUUCGGCGUCUUCACCGAAUCAGUUGUUCGUGCUCUCAAAGCAUCUGUCGAUGCGGGCGGCUCGGGUCGACGGCCCAUUCUAUUCCCUCUCAGUAACCCGCUCACCAAGGCAGAGUGCACAUUCGAGCAAGCUGUUCAAUGGACUGAGGGCACUGUCAUAUUUGCCUCUGGCUCACCAUUCUCACCUUUCGCCGUGAAGUCGGGUGAUGCUGCAGUCACUUACUGGCCCAACCAAGGUAACAAUGUCUACGUGUUCCCUGGUCUCGGUCUUGGUGCCAUCUUGGCCAAGGCUUCCAAGAUCACAGAUGAGAUGGUAUAUAUGUCGGCAGCCUCACUUGCGGAAUCCCUCAAUGCAGAGGAGAUUCAGAAGGGUCUGAUCUACCCUCGCAUAGAACGAGUGCGUGAUGCUAGUCUCGUCGUGGCCCGCGAGGUGAUGAAGGCGGCCCGGAGAGAAGGUGUCAGCAUGCUUCCCGAAGAACAGUGGGUUGAGUGGGAAGAAUGGGGUGAUGUUGCCUUGACCAAGUACAUCAAGGAUAGGGUCUAUGAUCCUCUCAAGUAA